GUAGCCAUCUGAACGUUUAGACUGUGGUUUGCUUGAGACGAACGAUUUUCGUUUCUUUCCUUGGUGUCUUUCCUUACCGUCUGUUUCUGCUUGUCGAUCGUUUCUCUUAAUCGUUCACUAUCUCAGUUUCGUCCCUCAGUCCAUCGCUUUCCCACUCUGCCUGCAAGCGCCGUCUUUCUUCUUCGUCCACUCUUAAUUAAUUGUCGUCUUGACGAUGGCUAUCUUCUCCACAAUUCUGCUGCUGGCAGCUUGCUCUACAUCCAUAAAUGCCGGACCCGUUCCAAAGAAUCACCGAAGACAACUCUUUCCUAGUUACGCCAACACUACCUCAACAAUCGCAUCAACAUCAGGACAGCAAGUUGCAGAAGCAGAGACUGCUAUUAUAGUGGAGCCUAUCCGGCAAACCAUAUUCUCUUCGAUCGCACCAGCUAUCACGUUCGUUCUUCCUGACGGGAAGCCACUCGUGACACAAGAUCCGCAGACUGUGUUUUCUACUUCCUACAUCACACCAUCACCUCUGCCGACCCCGGAGGAGACUUCAAGCGCAGUGGCUACGUCUUCAGUAACACCAAGUCCGAAACCAACGCCCACAGAGAGCAGCGAUGUGUCGGUAUCGUCGGCAUUGUCAAGUUCGGUUGCCGCUGUGGAAAACAAGACAGCAAGUGAGACAAGCCGAAAAGCUCCUAUGUUCACCUACUCGCCCAUAGAAGAGACGUCCACCUCGCUUGCCACUCCAAAUGCAUCGGCGACAAGUGCUGUCCUAGCAUCUACCACUGCGGGCUUGCCUGGCUUCACACAUCCCGGUGCGGCACCCUCGGGCCCACCAUCUGCCAAUACAACCACCAGUGCGAUUGUCACCAGCGUAUCUUCUAUGAUCAACCCCUGUAUCGAGCGGAUCGUCAACGGUUGUUCUCCCGUCAGCGACUGCUUCGGAUACCAUCGAUGUGACAUCGCGCAUCAUCGUCACGCAAUACACCACUAUCUACGCGACAUCCAAGCCAUCUCAGACACCUACGCAAGAGUCGAUCAUGCCAACUGA